AAUCCAGGAAAUACCCAUAUGUUUCACUCUCUGUUCUUCCACUCAAUGCUCAAAAUGUUUAUGAUUUUCAUGUGAGAAAAUCAAUAGUCAGCGAGACAUUCCGAUCGAUACCCCAAGCCGGCGAGGAUUUUCGGAGGGCUGCGCGCGCACGAUGGCGAUGGUGUCGGGGGUGACGCUGGCACUGGUGGUCUUGCCGGACAGCGGCGUGGCGCCAAGCAGGCGGACGGGGCUUGCGGCGGCGGCGAGGAGGGGGAGAAGUCGCGGCUGGGCCGUUGCGGCCAGCCCCCCGUUAGAGGAGGUGGCGCAGAUGACCGAGCCGCUCACCAAGGAGGAUCUCAUCGCCUACCUCGCCUCGGGGUGCAAGCCCAAAGAGAACUGGAGAAUUGGCACGGAACAUGAAAAGUUUGGUUUCGAUGUUGAAACGUUGCGCCCUAUAACAUAUGAGCAGAUCAGUGGCAUGCUGAAUGGGUUGUCUGAUAGAUUCGGCUGGGACAAGAUAAUGGAAGAUAACCAUGUUAUUGGUCUCAAGCAGGGAAACAAAAACAUUUCGCUAGAAGCUGGUGGCCAGUUUGAACUUAGUGGUGCUCCUGUUGAAACGUUGCAUCAAACUUGUGCAGAGAUUAAUUCACAUCUUUAUCAGGUCAAAGCAGUUGGAGAGGAAAUGGGAAUUGGGUUUCUUGGACUUGGUUUUCAGCCAACAUUACCAUUGAAUGAUAUACCAAAAAUGCCCAAGGCAAGGGAUGAAAUUAUGAGAAAUUACAUGCCCAAAGUUGGUUCUCUUGGCCUUGAUACGAUGUUCCGGACAUGCACUGUACAGGUUAAUCUCGACUUCAGAUCAGAGCAAGAUAUGAUAAGAAAAUUACGUGCUAGCCUCGCGUUGCAGCCUCUUGCGACAGCAAUAUUUGCAAAUUCUCCCUUCAAAGAAGGAAAACCAAAUGGGUUUCUCAGUUUAAGAAGCCAUACCUAUACUGAUAUUGAUAACAACCGAUCGGGGAUGCUUCCUUUUGUUUUUGAUAACUCAUUUGGAUUUGAGCAAUACGUGGACUAUGCAUUAGAUGUCCCAAUGUAUUUUGUAUACCGGAACAAGAAAUACGUUGACUGUACCGGAAUGUCUUUUCGGGAUUUUAUGGUAGGAAAGCUCCCACAGACUCCGGGGGAGUUGCCCACUUUGAACGAUUGGGAGAACCAUCUAGCAACAAUGUAUCCUGAGGUUAGGUUGAAGAGAUACAUCGAGAUGAGAGGUGCUGAUAGUGGACCAUGUAGUAGACUGUGUGCCUUGCCUGCAUUUUGGGUUGGGUUGUUGUAUGAUGAGGAAUCAUUACAGGGCAUUUUGGACAUGACUGGUGAUUGGACAAAGGAAGAAAGAGAAAUGCUAAGACGGAAGGUGCCAGUAACUGGUUUGAAGACACCAUUCCGAGAUGGAUAUGUAAGAGAUUUAGCUGAAUAUGUUCUCCAACUGGCCAAGAAUGGACUAGAAAGAAGAGGAUACAAGGAGGUCGGUUUCCUAAGCGAGCUCGACGAAGUGGUUAGAACAGGAGUGACACCUGCUGAGAAGCUUCUCAAACUGUACGAGACCAAGUGGCAGCGAAGCGUGGACCCUGUUUUUGAAGAGUUGUUAUAUUGAAACCUAAGAAGCAUAAAGCAAACCAUGUUUAACAUUGGUGGAUGCUUCAGAUUGUGUUAAAAUUUUAAACAUCAUGUUUGCUUCCAAAUUUUAAACCUUCCAAGUUCUUUUUGGUAAUUUUGAAUUUAUUGUAUUAAAAAAUGGAUCAAUAAAAUUGCGUGAAUUCUAGAA